UGCUGAUAACAGAUUCACAUACACACACGUUGGGGCUUGGCUCAUGAAACAAACUGCCAAUUGAGAAUUAUGGAAAGGAGCAACAAAAUGGAAUUUAAAGUGAACAAAACGCUAAAAUAUGAUGCGACCUUCCUCAAGAGCAACUUUUCACUGCCUGAAGUCAAUAGGAUCGCAUCCAGCAUAUCGAAGAGCUCGACUGUGACGGGUGAUUAUGAAGUCGCUUGGGCUCUGAAAGCCGUCACGCUUGUAGAUUUGACCACCUUGGCUGGAGAUGAUACUGCAUCGAACGUGAGCCGGCUUUGCGUGCGCGCCUGUUUGCCCUUUGAGCCGCAGCUCUUGGAGAAAGUUGUUGAGCCCAGCUUGCUGAAGGAUAUUCAUUGUGCUGCCGUUUGUGUGUAUCCCGCCCGCGUGGCGGAUGCACACAAGACUCUGAAGCAGUAUGGCAAAUUGAAAGACAUAUCCAUAGCCGCAGUGGCCACAGGUUUUCCCACAGGCCAAUAUGGCUUGAAAACACGUCUGGAGGAGAUCAGCUACGCCGUUGAUGCUGGUGCUACGGAGAUCGACAUCGUUAUUAACCGACAGCUGGCGCUGGUGGGUGACUGGAAGGGCGUCUAUGAUGAGGUGGUGCUCAUGCGCCAGGCCUGCGGCACACGUGCGCAUCUGAAGACCAUCCUGGCUGUUGGCGAGUUGGGCUCUAUGGAAAAUGUGUACAAAGCUUCCAUGGUGUGCAUGUUGGCCGGCGCGGACUUCAUCAAGACAUCCACAGGCAAGGAGGCGGUGAACGCCACACUGCCUGUUGGUCUGGUCAUGAUAUGGGCCAUACAGGAGUUCAAGCGACUCACUGGCCAAAUUGUGGGCCUUAAGCCGGCUGGUGGUAUCAGAAAUGUGCGGGAUGCAAUUGCCUGGAUGACGUUGGUCAAAAGCACGCUUGGCAUGCACUGGCUGCAGCCGGAACUAUUCCGCUUCGGUGCCUCGGGUCUGCUCGAUGAUAUUGAGAAAGUUGUUCGCGAGGGUGUCGCUAGACUGAAGCAGGCUUAAUAUAGUGUAUUUUAAACUUAUAUUAAGAGCAACAGAUCAGGAUGCAUUUAAAGGUGUACAUAUUAGGAUAUAAAUCGUAAUCCAACAGAA